ACCUCAAUCUUUCCCAGCCUCCAGGGGUUUAAUUCGCAUCUGUAAGAAGGCUCAGAUUUACAGGUGGAUUUUACAAAGCUGUGGCUAAUAAUUAGAAAUCCCUUAUCACCACAGCCCGUGGCCCCUUGGACCCAGUUCACCUUUCCCUGGACCUAGUCCUCUUUUCCGCUGGAGCAUCUCUCCCAGAGCCCUUCGAGCAAGAACAGCUCCGUGAGUAUCUGCUCUGUCUUCUAGAUGCCUUCUUGAGCCUGCUUGUGGCCACCCACAGAUACUUGUAAGGAGGAAAGAAGUCAGCUUGCCAGAGACACUGUGAAAUGAGGGAUUAGAGGCCGGGAUCCAAGAAACAAGAGCUGCAGCCAAAAGACAAGCGAACGGGUUCCGAAGAUACUUCUACUGAGAGGUCUGCCAUGGCCUCCCUUGGCGUCCAACUGGUGGGCUACAUCCUAGGCCUUUUGGGGCUACUAGGCACAUCGAUUGCCAUGCUGCUCCCCAACUGGCGAACAAGUUCCUAUGUUGGUGCCAGCAUUGUGACGGCGGUUGGCUUUUCCAAGGGCCUCUGGAUGGAGUGUGCGACACACAGCACUGGCAUCACCCAGUGUGAUAUCUACAGUACUCUUUUAGGACUUCCUGCUGACAUCCAGGCUGCCCAGGCCAUGAUGGUGACAUCCAGUGCAAUGUCCUCGCUGGCCUGCAUUAUCUCUGUGGUGGGCAUGAGAUGCACAGUGUUCUGCCAGGAAUCUCGAGCUAAGGACAGAGUGGCUGUAGUGGGUGGAGUCUUUUUCAUCCUUGGUGGUAUCCUGGGUUUUAUCCCAGUUGCUUGGAAUCUUCACGGCAUUCUUCGGGACUUCUACUCACCACUGGUUCCUGACAGCAUGAAAUUUGAGAUUGGAGAAGCUCUGUACUUGGGAAUCAUUUCAGCGCUGUUUUCCUUGGUAGCUGGAGUCAUCCUCUGCUUUUCCUGCUCACCUCAGGGAAAUCGUGCCAACUACUAUGAUGGCUACCAGGCCCAGCCUCUUGCCACUAGGAGCUCUCCAAGAUCUGCUCAACAGCCCAAAGCCAAGAGUGAGUUCAACUCAUACAGCCUGACUGGGUAUGUGUGAAGAACCAGGGGCCAGAGCUGGGGGUGGGGUGGGGUGGUGGCUGGGACUAUAAAAAUAGUAGUGGACAAUGCCCCCAGGGUCACAGGCAAAGGACAUUGCCACUGAAUCAUGUGUAAGGUGCUGCUGAGGGUAGAAUGACUUUGGCCAUUGGAUGAAGUAAAGGCAGAGAUGAGAACAGGGGUGACAGCAUGUACAUCGAAUUGCCAAGGACACUUAUCAAGCGAGCUUUUCUAUUUCUUUUCUCACUAAGGCAUCUUCUAUGCCUUGAAUGCUCAACCCAAAAGUCUAAAUCCCAUCGCUGCCACUUUUUGCUAUGCCCAGAGGCUCUCUUCUGCCCUUUGGUUUACUUGGAGAUCUGUUCCCCAACCAAUCAUAUUCCAUUGACUAACCAUCUGUGAUCAAAAGACCUCCUCCCUCUGGCUGAAAUUGGCUCUUAAGUCAAAUACUAGGGGACAGAGAGAAGAAAGAGGGGUGGCUUCUGUGAGAAUGUUUCUAGCUCCCUUCUCGCAUCUCCAGCCAAAGAAAUGGAUUGGUCAGUUAUAAGCCCUGAAGCCUCUCUUCCAGUUUUGCUAUGAGUGCAAUAUGUCCAGACUGGUUUGGGAAGGAACUGAAGGAAAGCUAGCUCAUGGCAUCCUACAGAAAGCAGCUGAGUAUAGGAUGGGAGGCAACCUGGGCUCCAAAGAAACAAAACAGACAACAAAGCCCACCAGAAUCACUUCUCAGAUCAUCUCCUCUAAUUGCCACACAUUUGUGGGUGAGGAAUGGAAGCACUGCUACAGGAAGGCAGUAGAGGCAUACAGAAAGCUGAAGGCUGCAGCCCUCUCACUCCACCAAGGACUGGCCAAGAAGCUGAAGUGAACUACUGCUCAAAGCGCUGUCUCCCACUGAGGUGUCUGACCCAGCUUCCUGCUAAACCACAAGACUUGGAGCCCUUUAUUGUCCUUAGGGACAAUAAAGCAGUUUUCCUAGAACUGCCCUUUGACAUGGGAGCUGCAGAGGGCUAAAAGGACUCUUUAGCCCUGGCCGAAAAUGAAUGAGGACUUUGGUAUGGAAGAACUGCUGGGCAGAGAUGCAUGGUAGAUGUGUGUGCUCCUACUGUUUUGGAGAGGCAGCCCUACCAGAUACUUUAGACUUGUUGGGAAAAACAACCUAUCUGGGUCUUUACUCAGCACUACAGAGCCUCUGAAAGACCACAGCAUCAGAGAGGUCCUUUGUCACUUUUAAUAUUCGAGUCAUCGCCCAUCAGAAGAUAUUCUUACAGGUAUGCAAAGUCAUCAGUGUGGAACAUCUUUUGACCAAGAUGCUGUGUUCAUGACCUGAGUGAUUGGUGAACUUCUGCCUGGGAUUGUGAUUGAGGUGGGAGGACAGAGACUGGUUCUCAGUGCAACAGUUUCACCUCCAUGGUCUUAAAAUGCUCCAUUUUCCUCUGUGGUAGAUGGGGGUUAGAAUCUAGAGACAUUACCCCCCACCAGCCUAAUAGCACCAACUUCAGAAGAUUCCCAGCACACCUCAUCAAAACUUCAGCAGCGGCAAGAGAGGCCCAUCUGUGAGGUUUCCUUUAACACGCCUUUCCUAUUUCCACCAUAUUACUUGGGUUCAAGCUAUUAUACUCACCUGGAAGCCAUUUCCUCUUAACUAAGUCAUCCCCAAGCUUGGAGAACUUGCUCACCGUCAUCCCCUUCAUUGAGCCUUCUCCGAUCACUCCUUCCUGCCCUUCCCCUCCUCCAAUUCCCAAUAUAUAAAUUGCUUAAUCCUUAUCAUUCAUAAUUUUGAUUAACAGUUUAUAGUUCUUGUAUGCGCAUUUGUAUGUGUGUGUGUGUCUAUCCAUCUACCUGUCUAUCUGUGUGAUCUCAAAAGUUCACUGUAAGUACUUGGUGGGCAAUUGCCAUAUCUUAGACCUGUCUAUAUGUAUACCCAAGACUGUAACAGUGCUGAGCACACACAAGGUGAUCAAUAAAUGGAUGUUGAUUGA